CUGAAAUCGAGCACGCGGGCUAAAAACAGCUCCGUGAGGUUCGACCCCCACGUCAGCUACGAUCAGAUCCAACCCCUCCGUGACUACCCGCCCACCCCCACCACAUUUUCAGUCCAAAAUCAUCUCGGCGGCAGUCGUGAGAUUCCCCAGCCUGUGCCACCCCCGAGGCUCCCCCACAAGUUCGACCUUCUGGUCCAUCAGCAACAUCAGCAGCCCGCUCAUCACCAGCUCCAUCCAGUGACCUACACACAUCAGCCCCGGCGCCACCCUCACCCUCCUCCCCCGCAGCAACCACCACACCAUCAGCAUGCUCCUCAUCAGGGCAGGAGGCCCAGCAUAUCAAGCAUAUACUCCAACCCAAACAGACUCA